CUGCCUCCCGGGUCCUUCCUCCAGGGAGCGGCUGAGGGACGUCAGCCCGAAAAGCCCCCUCCUCCAGCGGCCGGGGGCGCCGCCUGCUCCCCAGGGGUCCCGCUCCGCCUGCAGCAGCCCGCUGGGCCAGCGCCGGAUGCCAGCGUCCAAAGGCACGGGGGGCGCGGUAACGCUUCUGCAUCACAGCAACAGAAACACCGUCAGCAACAACAACCACACAUGGGGAUCCGGCAACCGGCGUCCACCGCUCCAGCUCAGAGGCACCAGCACUUUACCCCAGGUAGCAAAGGAGGAUGCCGAAGGAGGAGAGGAGGAGCGUCCAGGAGCCCAGGCAGCCCGCUCCAGCACGGUGAACAGCAACCUCCAACCCCGCCCCACGCAGAGGAGCCGCGAGGACGCGGCCGGGCGCCGCAGCGGCUCCACCAGCCAAUCAGAUGAGGAGAUGGAGACCCCUGAGGACGGCAGCCCGGCGUCCAGCCCUGGCCCCGCCCCCAUGCCGCCCAUCACCUUCAGCGCGGAUGGUAGGCGUGAGAAGGAGGCGCACGCUCAAAGGGUGAACAUGGCGGCUGUGGCUCCUUUUAGCUUCAGGCUGCGGCUGCAGGAGGCCGACUUCUCCGUGGACGAGCUGAGCGACUGCUCGUCUGGAUCCAUAGACGUCUGCUGCGACGACCUGACGCCGGGAGGGAUGCUGGAGGCUAAUGUGGCUAGCAUUAGCGUGACGGCUAAGCCCAGAGAGCUGGACCUCAGGUCUGCUGCCGUCUCCUGCCAGGACACUUCAUCCGCGGCCAUGGCCUCUAGGAAGCCGUCGGCCAAGCCCUCCGCUCUGCCCCAGGGACCGUCACGGCCUUCCGGGUCAGAGCUCAAGGUCUACCGGCCCGCCUCUGGAUCUAUCCCCAUCCCGGUCCCUAAUCCAUCCAGGCUCCGCAAGCAGCAGUCACUUAGCAACUUGUCUGUCCUCACUGACGCUGAGAAGAAGCUGCACCUGUACCAGUCUCCCGGGUGGAAUGACACUAGCGGCACCACCAAGCCGGGCCAAGCUAAGACGGGUCUGGCUGGUGGUGGGAGAGCGCCCCUCUCUCGGACCCUUUCGAAGUCAGAGCAGUCUCUCUUCCAGGGGAAGUCCAAGCCAGUCAGCUCCCUGCCUUUGACCUCCACCGUGGGGAAGCCCAGUAGGAUCCCUGCUCCGGGAAAGCCUCGAGGACCCUACGCUGAGGUCAAGCCCAUCAACAAGGCCUCGGACGCGGGCCACAACGCGGACCCAGAUCCUGCUGACCACCCGAUUAAGACUAACCCCAAUGGAGCUGGGAAUACUGGGACUAAUGGGAAGAAAGCUGAGAACAAGGGGAGAUCUGCUGGUCUGUCAACGGAGGAUAAGAAAGAGAGGAAAGAGAUAGAAGGAGAGGAGGAUAAGAGCUUUCUGAAGGUGGACCCAGAGUUAGUGGUCACAGUUCUGGGGGACCUGGAGCAGUUGCUCUUCAGCCAGAUUCUCGACCCAGAGUCCCAGAGGAAGAGGACGGUGCAAAACGUUUUGGACCUUCGACAGAACCUGGAAGAGACCAUGACCAGCCUGAGGGGGGUGCAGCUCAGCCACAGCUGCGUGGAAGGCAACGUGUGCUACGACAGCGACGAGGCCGCCGCCUUCUCCAUCUCCAGCCUGUCCAACCGCUCCUCGCCGUUGUCAUGGCGACAGGGUCAGGCCAGCCCCCGUCUGCAGGCUGGCGACGCGCCCUCCACGGGUCACAGCCAGCCAGAUGUUCCCCUGCGAAUAGGCCACGCCUCUCGCAUCCACCUCAUCGAGGCGCUGGACGACUCGGACCCGUCCCUCCUGAAGGCGGAUUACCUGAGCGACAGCGACCUCGGGGGGAAGAGUCCCAACGAGAACGACGACGACGACGACGAAGACGAUCUUGACGACCUGGGGAACGGCUGGGACGAGAGCAGCUCCAUCAGCAGCGGCCUGAGUGACGGCUCAGACAACCUGAGCUCCGAAGAGUUCAACACCAGUCCCACUCUCAACUCUCUUCCCACCACUCCCAUCGGCUCCCGGAGAAACUCGGGCAUAGUGAUGCGUACAGAUGCCGAAAAGAGGUCUCUGGUGCAGAACGGCCUGUCCUGGGACAGCAGUGACACCAAACCCAGCCGCAAGAGCCAGGGCGGCAGCGGCUACGACACCGGGAGCCUCAAGUCGGAGUCGGCCAACAAAUGGAGAAAGACGCAGCCGCAGGCGGACGAAGUGGAGGGAGGGAAGGGUGAGCUGAAGAAACCACAGACCCUGGGGCAGGGAAACGUGUUGAGGAAAGGAAGAAACCCACCGGUGGGAGUGACAUCGCCCAUCACUCACACCUCUCAGAGUGGACUGAAAGUGGCAGGUACAGUCAAAUCGGAGGGGAAGCCCAUGGAUAAAUCCCGGCUGGCAGUGAAAACCUCGGGUCUUCAGCGCUCAUCUUCUGAUGCUGGUAAAGACCACAGGAAUGGUUCCAGUGCUGCUGAGCAGCGCAAACCUCCAUCUGGUCUGGUCAGACCUUCAACUGGUGGAAACUUUGGCUUCAAAAGACCAACAACAGUUGCCAGUAAUGCGACGAACAAUGCCAGUGCGCCGUCUGUGGUGAGCACAGGGGGGAGUGCGAUGCCCUGCGGCUCUGCAGCGGCGGGGAAGCUUUCCAAAACGUCCGGGAUUCCUGUGAAGCCAGCAGCAGGUGGAGGUGGAGGGCGCAAGACCAGUCUGGAUGUAUCAAACAGCGACCAAAGUGGUUUUCUGUCUCCAAAUGCCAGGACAUCCCUCCAGUACCGCUCUCUGCCUCGUCCGGCCAAGACCAGUACCCUGACGCUAACCCGGCCCAGUUCGGCUCGUCCUGUGAGCACCACCAUGGACAUGAGCUCUGGACUGGUCAAACCCUCCACCACGGCCCAGGGUUUGAGGCUCAAAGAGCCCAGUUCAGGGUUUGGUCCUGCAACGGGGCUGAGUAAGACUGGGGGGCGUGGGAUCCCAGGCCCCAGUCCUGUGAAUCAAACGGACAGAGAGAAGGAGAAAGAAAGAGCCAAAGCCAAAGCCGUGGUGUCGGACUCGGAGUGUGGAGGGGGGUCUCUUAAGGGCAGCCCUGCUCAGACCCCAUCGGAGAAUGGAGGGAAGCUCCAGGGCCUGAGGCCUCCCAGCAGUGGCAAGGUCAUGGAUUCGCCGUCCCCCGGCACACACAGAUUAUCUGGAGUUCGUAGCCUGGUGAAACCUCCAUCCAUGGCUCAGCUGGACAAGCUGAACUCUAACAGCCUGGAGGUGGGGCUGCAGAACUCUCUGCCUCCAAAGAUCCCCCCCUACUCGAAGCUGCAGGACCUGGCCGGCUCGGCGGGCGGCUCCCUCGGCCCCUGCCUCACCCCCAGCCCUGCCCCGUUACUCAACGUCAACUCCUCAGCCUGCUUCUCCAGCUCCGCCAUAGGUCUGGGCCCGCGGCAGGUCUCGUCCCUCGGCAUCGAGGGAAACGGCGGCAGCACGUCCCCCUCGCUCUACCCGCGGCUCUCCGGGCUGCACCGGAGCAUGGAGUCGCUGCCGCUCCAGAUGAGUCUGGCCCCGGAUCCCCAGGAGAGCGAGAGGGACAGAGAGAGGGAGGGCGCAGUGAGAGGCUACGCCAACGAGUCCAGAGACAAAGAGAGGCAGGAGGACAGAGGCUCCGCUGCCGUCUGGGUCUCUGGGAGUAAACUUUCUCUGAAUCUCACAGACAGUUCUCAGAGAGACCGAAACACGCUGCCAAAGAAAGGUUUAAGUUUCAACGGUGCCUCCCAGGUCGAGGGUGAGGGGAAGGAGAAGGGGGAGAGAAGACACUCUCACACCGUCGUCAGUAUGACCGACUCACUCACGCUUCCACUGGCCUCGCCCACCUCCCUGCCCCGCAAGACCAGUAUGGUGCCCAGCCCCGUCGUCGGACCCCCGAGGAUGACGCGCUCCAACAGCAUCCCCACCCACGACGCCUCCUUGGAGCUGUAUGGAGCAUCUCCCCUGGGCAGCACGCUGUCCUUAGCUGAACGCCCUCGCAGCAUGGGAAUGGUGCGUUCAGGGUCCUUCAGGGACAAGGAGACCGAUGAGGUUCAUGGGUCUGUGCUCUCGCUGGCAUCCAAUGCCUCAUCCAGCUACUCCUCGGUGAGUGUGAGCGGCAUGCAGACUCAGCAAAUCCGCAAGCUGAGGAGGGAACUGGAAUCAUCGCAGGAGAAGGUGUCUAACCUGACCACCCAGCUCACCGCUAACGCCAACCUGGUGGCUGCCUUCGAGCAAAGCUUGGCGCUGAUGACGACCCGGCUCCAGACGCUGUCGUUUAGCCACGAGCAGAAGGACUCGGAGCUGUUGGAGCUGCGGGAGACUAUUGAGGCUCUGAAGUCCAAGAAUGAAGAAGCGCAGGCAGUGAUACACGGAGCCUUAAACAACCCAGACAACAUGAAAGACGUGCGAAUUCGACGUCAGAACUCGUGUGAGAGCAUCUCGAGUCUGAACAGCCUGACCAGCAUGUCGAGCGUCGGCAGCUUUAAGGACCAGGACGCCAAGAAAAAGAAGAAGAAAAGCUGGCUAAGGAAUUCCUUCAACAAGGCAUUCAGCAUCAAAAAAGGCUCCAAAACCUACUCGGACAUUGAGGAAAUCGCCACUCCAGACUCCUCGGCUCCCAACUCCCCAAAGAUGGCUCACGAGGGGGGAGACGGAGGAGAGAGCGAGCCGUCUUCCCUCAAAACCUCUGUUUCUGCCACGUCCUCUGUGAUCAUGGAGACCACAGAAGAGGGGGAAGGUGAGGAAACGGCCGUGUCAGAUCUACGCUCAGAACUCUGGGUGAAGGAGCGGGAGCUGACCGACAUCCGACUGGAGGCCUUAAACUCUGCUCAUCAACUGGAGCAACUCAGAGAAGCCAUGAACAACAUGCAGUCGACUGUGGAGAACUUGAAGGCGGAGAAUGACCAUUUGAAAACGGGCAGUCAGGGCUGCCUGAGUGGAUCUGGUCCCACCGCGUCCACCUCCCAGCCGUCGGGUCUGGCUUCUCUUCUGGGGCCGUCACUGAGGCAGCCGGUGAGCAUGUCGCUCACGAAGUCCUUCAGCCUCAGUCUGAAUGACUGUAAAGAACCAGACGCGUGCCCAGUGGACGUGCAGUCAAGUGCGUCGUCUCAGCGGGAUUCUGUGUCUGCACGGGUUCUGGUUCGCGUGGAUCGAGCAGAGGACGGUAAGCAGCAACAGGACUAUUACCUAGGCUCGGUGCUGGUCGGGGCAAGAACCGACUGGGCCUGUCUGGACUCUCUCAUAGCAAAGACCUUCAAAGAUUACCUAACUCAGGUGGACCCGACGGCCAGUCUGGGUCUCUCCAGAGACUCUUUACACGCCUAUCAGCUGAGCCAGGCAGGGCUGAGGGUGAUAGGAGGAGAGAAACCCCAGUCCUCCCCUCACCGCUGCCUCAGCAGUGGCUCUGCUCAAGUCUUUGUGACGUUGAAAGGUCUCAGAGAAAAAUGUGUGGACUCCCUGGUGUUUGAGACUCUGAUUCCUAAGCCCAUGAUGCUGCAUUACAUCAGCCUGCUGCUUAAACACAGGCGUCUGGUUCUGUCUGGGCCCAGUGGGACGGGAAAGACCUACCUGGCUCAGCGCCUGGCCCACUACCUCCUGCACCGCAGCCGGGCGGAGACGUCGGAGGCGGAGCACGAGUCGGGUCUGCAGGGGCGCAGCGCCGCCGUCACCUUCAACAUGCAUCGUCAGACGCCAAAGGAGCUGCAGCUGUAUCUGUCCAAUCUAGCGAAUCAGAUCGACAGACAGAGCGGGGGAGAGGUGCCUCUGGUUGUGAUCAUCGACGACAUCAGCGAUUCGGGAGCCAUCACUGAGCUCGUUAAUGGGGCGCUCACUUGCAAGCAUCACAAAUGUCCUUACAUCAUUGGAACGACCAAUCAGCCGGUGAAGAUGACGUCGAACCACAGCCUUCACCUGAGCUUCAGGAUGGUGAUGUUCUCUAACAACGUGGAACCGGCCAACGGGUUCUUGCUGCGGUACCUGCAUCGUAAAGCUGCCGAGGCCUACCAGGAGGGAGAGCACGACUCAACGCGCCACCAAGCGCUUCUCCGUGUGCUGGACUGGGUCCCUCAGCUCUGGUACCACCUCCACACGUUCCUGGAAAAACACGGCACUUCAGACUUUCUCAUAGGUCCAUGCUUCUUCCUGUCAUGCCCAGUGUCGGUGUCAGAGUUCAGGCAGUGGUUUAUUGACCUGUGGAACCACUCCAUUAUACCGUACCUGCAGGAGGGAGCCAAAGACGGCAUCAAGGUCCACGGGCAGAAGGCCGUAUGGGAGGAUCCAGUGGACUGGGUGCGAGGAACCCUCCCUUGGCCCAAUGCACAGCAGGACCAGGCCAGGCUCUUUCACCUGCCUCCCCCCACCAUAGGUCCCCUCAGCGAGGACAAGAAGCCCCCCAAAGACACCCCUCCACCAAGCACGUUGGAGUCAGACCCACUGAUGGCCAUGCUGCUGAAGCUCCAGGAGUCGGCCAACUACAUAGAGUCUCCAGAGCGGGAAGGCUGCCUGGAUCCCACUCUGCAGGCCACACUCUGAGGACCACAGCCAGUGGAAUCUCUUUAAUAUGGCUGACACGGCAACGGCAGUCCUGACGAGACUUUAAAGACUCCACAAUAAAUUUUACCGUGUGCUCAGUGAGCAGUUACAAAGAGAAGUGUAAAUGUCAGAGGAUCAACAGAGAGAGUAAAUUAUGGACAAAGGGUUCGCUGUGUUCUGGAAACGUCGGAAAGAUGAUUAACCUGCUUUCAAGCUGUGAUGAUCACGUCAGGGAAAGAGAUUCAUUAGUCUCAUCCCUGCCCUCAGUUGAGUUGCAAAUGCAUGGUAACUGGUUAGUAUGAUGUCAAAUACUACCUAUAAUCCUAUUGAUCCAGACCCAUCAGUCCUCCUACUUGUCUUUUUAUUUACUUCCGGUGCUUCCUGUUUUUUUGAAGGCAUGUGCUUUUUUCAGAAAGAAAUUCACCUCGCAAGUAAAUAGUAGGACCAUCGCUCCACCACGACAACAAAAUGCACUUUAUUUUAUACUUGUGGUUAUAGGAUUUAAGUUGGACGUGUGUCCAAUGAGAGACUGUCAGUGUGGCCAAACGGUGCAGUUCAUUAGUAUUUCCUCCGGGUGGUAACACACCCUGACGCCUGCAUCUACGCUCUCCUGGUGAGAUUUCUGUCUUUAUUAAAGGUGCUCAGUCAGUAAAAUAACAACUAUGACAACAGCCUAGAAGGCUUGUUUUUUUUGUUUUUCUCAUCGUGUUUUUCAUUCAGAGAAAUUCAUCAUGGAUCAGAUACCAUAACUGUGAAGCUGUAAGAGUAACAUGCAUGGGUGAAAAAGGAACUGAGCAGCGAAUCCGCUUCAGGCUCAAGCUGUACAGAAAACGAGUGACUCGAUAUCUGGUGGAAUAUUGCCGUAAUAUAUACGUAAUAUAAUAUCAUAACACCGGACGUGUACACUGAUCCAACUCUGAACAUUCUGUAUCUAAAAGAAAACUAAAUUAAGACCUGCUUGUCUACCUAGCCUGCCUGCCAUUUCUGCCUAUGCUUAAGUAUAUUCUGUAUUUACAUACUGGUUUAAAAACAACAUGAUACAGCUUUGAAAAUCUUGAUUUUGUAAGAUUUUAUACUGGGUCAACUUUGUGUGUGUAUACAGUAAAUACCAUCACCUGCUAAACCGAUCAUGCCGUUUACCAUCGGCCGCAGGCACCACGGGGCUGUUAGAUGACUCUGAGUCAUGAGGAUGUGGGGAAGACCAGUGAAGAAGUUGUCAUCAAGUGAUAGAGAUGCACAAAUACAACAUUCAUCUUCCUCUUUCUAUCGUUUUGAAGAGCAGGACUUACUUCCUUUCUCACACAUACAUUUAAGAGUUACAGUAAGACUGGGCGCUGGGUGUAAGAAUGGUUAAACCUCAUUUGUAUGUGACAUCCACUCAUUUCAUGUCUUUAUCAGUUUGCACAUGAUACAUGUUGGAUCACAGAGUAUUUAUGCUCAUGUGCUGAAGGAGAGGCAGGAGGAGGAAGGUGCAGGUAGCCGAGACUUUCCCAAACUUCUCAGCUCUGUUCCGUCGUGACCCUGAAGUACCUCAAACUGCCAUGUUCUGUCCAGACGUUACUCGACUUUCCAAACACGGUGCUGGUUGAAAGUAGAGACAUGAUGCCUAAGUUUAUCUGUGCCUGAAAUACAGUUUGGCCUACAGCUGCUUCCAAGCUGCUAUAAUCUACCACAUAGAGGCCUCGAUUUAGAGGAAACGGCAUCAGUUCCUCCCACCUGCUCUGAUGUCGCCUCGCUUUCAUGUCUUCACCUCGACGCCCAGAUCCGGUUCAGCGGUUGGUUCAUGGAUUCGGGUCCUGGGCUGAUAGUGGAGGUGACGUGCGAGUCGGUUGAAGCUGCAGUAGAUGAGAAUGUGUAUCAUGACUAGGCUGCUUGUGUGACCUGUGAGGAGUUGCCUUGAGGCGAACUGUGGAUGCGCGUGUACCCUGGUGUGUUCCCAAAGUUUUCCUUUCUUGGACCUACCGAUCCGAAUCCUUAUCAACGGAGGUUUUUUAAUAUUGUUUUUAAGAGCGUACCUCCUGAAAACGAGCAGACAUUCGUUUUUUUCUUACGCGGAUAUUUGUAAACUUUUCUUUCUCUUUUGUACAUGAAGUCACGGUUGUAAACACUGUAAAUACUGUAGUCAGUGCAUCUGCGACAACAAUCACUAACGGAGUGUUGAGACUUAAGAGAUGGCGCAGCCCUGUGCACAUGCUGGUUUUACUGUCAUCCUCCAGCAGGAGGGAGCGCUUGGCUUAAAGUGGGGGCUAAGGGUUGUAUGGCAUGUCUCUAGAACCACAUCAAAUCCCAUAUGUCUAACAUUAAACAAUGGAGUCAAUAAAGUCAUGCCAUUCUUUACAUCA